AUGCAGUGUACAAAAAGGCAGCAAGGUACUGCAGUUCAGGUUGUGGGGGUUUAUGUUGAUGAUCUCAUCAUCACCGGAUCAAAUGUCAAGGACAUUGUGCAGUUCAAGGAGAAAAUGAAGAGAAUGUUUGAGAUGAGUGAUCUCGGGCUCUUGAGUUACUAUCAUAGGAUUGAGGUGAGGCAGGAUCCGAAUGCAAUAACAAUAAGUCAGUCGGGGUAUGCUAUGAAGAUCCUAGAGAAGCUGAAGUUGGCAGAUUGCAACCAUUGCCAAGUCCCCAUAGAGCCGAGAAUGAAGCUGAGCAAGACGGAUGCAAGCCUGCCAGUUGACACAUUCAUGUACAGAAGUGUCGUCGGGAGUCUAAGGUACCUAGUAAAUACUAGGCCAGAUCUUGCAUACUCUAUUGGGGUAGUGAGUAGAUACAUGGAAGCUCCAACUAUAGCUUAUGGCAGUAGUGAAACAGAUACUGCGGUAUGUGCGAGGUACCAUCAAUCAUGGUUGCGUCUAUGGAAGAAGGAAGGAGUCAGAAACUGGGUUGAUAGGUUACAGUGA